AUGGCUUACCGUGGUGCUUUCGCCGCCGCCAUCCUGGCCUCGAGCGCGGUCGCCUCGCCUCUGCUUAACGCCGACCUGAACCUGAACCUCCUCGGCGGCGCCUCGUCCACCGCCAGCGCUGCCCAGUCCGUCACCACCUGCGGCGUCACUUGCCAGAUGCCCGCCUCCCCCGGUGGCUGCCGCGACCAGUGCUUCCUCAAGGCCCUGGCUGAGGUCUGUGUCGACGACUCUCCCGAGUGCCGUUGCCAGAACGCCGUCUUCCUGAAGGCCCGCGUCGACGCCUGUGUCGACCUCGUCCCGCUCAACGCCUGCCUGGACAUCGACCUCACCCUGUUCGGCUCCACCUGGGACGAUGCCUGCUCUUGCAUCGAGAGCGCCGCCUCCAACGGCAACUGCGCCAGCGAGGAUAACGGCACCCCCGCCUCGGCCGCCGUCUCUACGCCUGUUUCCACUCCCGCUGCCGAGAGCCCCGCCUACGGUGCUCCCGCUGAGACUCCCGCCGAGGCCCCCGUCCAGACUCCCUCGGUCGCCGUCGAUACCCCCGUCCAGACUCCCUCGGUCGCCGUCGAUACCCCCGUCCAGACCCCCUCGGUUGCCGUCGACACCCCCGUCUACACCCCGGCCGACACUCCCUCGGUCGCUGUCGACACCCCCGUCCAGACUCCUGCUGAGACCCCCGCCUACGGCGGUGCUCCCUCGGUUGCUGUGGGCACCCCCCUCUCGCAGACCCCGUCUGUCGCCGUGGGCACCCCGCUCUCGCAGGUCCCCUCUGCCGCCAGCGAUGUCGAGGGCGCCGACGUCAACACCCCCUCGACCCCGGCCGCCAUGACCACCUCCAAGCCUCAGAGACUCUCGACCGUCUACGAGACCCGCGUCAACACCAUCACCUCGUGCGCUCCUGACGUCACGGACUGCCCGGCCUCUGAGAAGACCCACGAGCACACCGUCACUGAGACCCGCGCUAUCUCGACCACCUACUGCCCCGAGGAGGACGGCACCACCGCCCCGGCUUCUGCCCCCUCUGCCCCGGCUUCUGCCCCCUCUGCCCCGGCCUCUGCUCCCUCUGCCCCGGUCUCUGCGGCUUCGGUCCCGGCUCCCUCUUCCCCGGCUGCCAGCUCCCCCAAGUCCAGCGGUGUUGAGGGCGCCACUGCCCCUGCUCCCUCGACCCCGGCCGCCAUGACCACCCCCAAGCCCUCGACCGUCUACGAGACCCGUGUCAACACCAUCACCUCGUGCGCUCCUGACGUCACGGACUGCCCGGCCUCUGAGAAGACCCACGAGCACACCGUCACUGAGACCCGCGCUAUCUCGACCACCUACUGCCCUGAGGAGGAUGGCACCACCGCCCCGGCUUCUGCCCCCUCUGCCCCGGCCUCUGCUCCCUCUGCCCCGGCCUCUGCUCCCUCUGCCCCGGCUUCCGCCCCCUCUGCCCCGGUCUCUGUGGCUUCGGUCCCGGCUCCCUCUGCCCCGGCCUCCAGCCCCGUUGGCGGCGAGACUGGCCCGGCUCCCUCUGCCCCUGCUGCUGGCCCCGAGACCUCGACCUACCACUCGACUUCCUACACCACUGAGCUCCGCACCAUCACCCAGUGCGAUGCCUCUGUCACCGACUGCCCUGCCAGCUCCACCAAGGUCCUGACCACCUCGCGCCCCGUUGGCAGCGCCCCGGCUCCCUCGGCCCCGGCCUCGGCUCCCUCUGCCCCGGCUUCGGCUCCCUCUGCCCCGGCUUCGGCUCCCUCUGCCCCGGCUUCGUACGGUGUCCCCUCUGCCCCGGCCUCGUCUGCCCCGACUCCCUCUGCCCCGGCCUCUGCUCCCUCGGCCCCGGCCUCGCAGCCCCCGGUCUCGGUCGCGUCGGUUCCUAGCUCCUCCAAGCCUGCCGUCUCUGCUCCCCCGGCUGUCUCUUCCCCCCCUGCUGGCGCCACCACCAUCAUGACCACCCAGGUCAUCACCGUCACCUCUUGCGGCCCUGAGGUCUCCAACUGCCCCGGCUCGUCGGCGGCCACCCCCGCUGUCCCGACCUCGUACUGGAAGACCACCAUCACCAGCUCCGGAAUGACCCUCACCCAGACCAUGACCGUCCCCAAGCCUUCCGGCACCCCCGUUGGCACUCCCUCCGCCCCUGUCUCCUCGGGCGUCGAGGGCUCUUUCCCUACCCCCACCCCCGCUGUCCCGGCCUCGCAGACCCCCGGCAAGCCCAUCUCUGCCGAGUCGGUCCCGUCGUCGCCCAAGUUCUCCGGCUCCGUCUACGUGCCUGCCCCCGCCCCGUCGGCCGGCAUGCCCCCUCACUCCAACAACGGCACCGCGAGCUACUCGGUCCCCUCGGUCCCCGUCGUCUCGGGCACCCCCGUCGGCACCACCCCCGGUGUCUCUGCGGCCACCUACUCUCCUAGCGUCACCCCCAGCGGCACCACCACCGCGCCCUCUACCGAGUGGACCGGCGCUGCCGGCCGCGUUGAGAUUGCCGGCGGCCUGAUGUUCGCCGCUGCCGCUAUUGCGCUGUUGUAA